AUGGAUGAUGCUCGCUACGCGAAGCGGGCACGUCAGGCCUGUGAACCCUGCCGCCGCAAAAAGUCCAAAUGCCCGGGUGAGAGACCUGUUUGCUCUUACUGCGAGCGGCUAGGCCAGGUUUGCGUUUACAAUGCGUCUGGCGAUGCGGCAGAUGCGCAGCAGGCGAAACACACCAGAGAUUUGGAAAAUCGUCUACACAGCCUUGAAGGAAAAAUGGACAGACUGAUCCGGAAUUUGAGGUUAAAAGCCCCCUUGAGCUCAUGGCUGGAACAUUACUCAAUCUUUGCUAGUCCUGAUCCGCAACCUACCCAGCCUUCAUCAAGCAGUGCCAUGUUACCAAAACCCAAUGUUAUGACUGAGAUUGCGAGCGCUACGCACGAUGAUAAACCACCCGUGCCUAACGCAGAAAGCUCCAUCAACAACAUCGCCGUUGUUACAGAAUCCCACCUCACCGAAGUGGGGCGUCUAUAUCUGACUUGGUGUCACUGUCAACCUAUCAAACUCUUUGCCGAGGAUAAUUUCCUGGCAUCCCUCUCAUCGCGGGAUCCAGAGCUGAUCCUCGUACUAGAAGCCUUAGCUCUAAGAUUUCCUCCAGGUUCAUUAAUCGCCGAGAAUGAGCAGCAGCUCAUCUCCAAGGCACGGUCAUCGAAACGUAUUGUAAUGGACCGUAUCUUGGACGGACGCGUUGAGCUCUCGACCAUACAGUCCCUGUGCCUCAUUAGCAUGGUGGAAUUUGCAUCCGGCAAUGUGACACAGUCAGGAGUCAACUUGAGUAUAGCUAGCCAUCUCGCUCAUAGUAUACCACCUUCCAACAAUCCAGCAAAUGCCCAAGAGCGAAAAUAUUGCCUCCAAAGCAUCGUAGCCUUACAAAACCUUCAAGGAUGCAUCAUACCUGCGACAAACCUGCUUCGUGCCCCUCCAGGUUCCCACAGUGCAAGCCAGGCCUUCGGCAUGAUGGCAUCAUGUAUCGCCCCGGAGCUUUCCCACAACCAAUUCGAAGAGCCACUCGACAAAAGCAUAUCAACUCUUGCAAUACACUUCAGCGUGACCUGGCGCAUGGCUCGCGCCUACGCCGCCAACCGCGUCGGAUUAGACGACCCGCCUCCCUGGGAUUCACGGUCAGAUUACUCCAUGGUCAUGCAGAGUCACCAUGACAUCGAUUGCCACGCAUCAACCAAGUAUCGUUUUGCAAACAACAGGAUAGACGACUUCAGCCCCGAGGAAAUUCAGGCGCGGCGGCAAUGGUGGAUGCCGUUCCUCUUCAUACAGUUCGUCCACGAGACGAUUCCAUGUCUACUCAGCCACCCGUUCUUGCUAUCGAUGAGAUUGCGAAGUUUUCGACAAACUAUUCCCGUAAACUUUAUGCAACAGUCAUUCGAGGCGAUAAAUAGGAAUGCGGGCUGGGUCAUUUACUUCAUCGACGUGCUGGAAAAGAAAGGCAUACAAGUUUCCGAUCCCGUGCUGGCUCACUGCGUCGUCAUCGUCGCGACGAUACAUCUGCAGCAUAGCUUUGUGCAGGACCCCGUCCUUUGCGGGAAAGCGCAGGCGGGGUUUCAGAAAUGCAUGAACUUUUUGGAGAAAAUGGGAGCAAUAUGGCCAUGCGUUUCUAAUAUGGCCACCAACCUAAAACGCCUGCAGGACAGCAUUGUAAUGAAACCCUCAAGAGACCAACAAAACAACCUCAACUCCAACCGGUCUUUCUCUAUAAACAGUCAGCUUCUCUGGGACCUCCUGAUAUAUGAUAGAGCGGUACGGCCCGACGCUGGAUGGGAUCAGUCAAUGUUCGGCCCAACGCUGAAAUCUGAUGCUGCGGAAGUAUGCGCCGCAGACCGAGUCGCUGAAUUCGAUCUUGUUGGCUCGGCAGGCAUAUCGGCUCACAAGGCGAUGCCGAAUGAAGCGGCGGUCUGGCCUCCAAGUGAGGAAAAGGCACGUACUAGCGUACCUGAGGAAGUACGCCUUGAGCCGCCCGCAGCAGAUAUCGGCCCCUCCUUUGAAGACAUGUUUUUUGAGGGGCUGGGGCCUCAUGGAGAGCAGACAGAUAGAUUCUUUGGCGGGAACGAUUAUGGCCGGGCUCUUGACGACUGGCUGAAUCUUGAUUCGUGGCCGUGA